AUGAAGCCGCCAGAAACGAUCCCCGAGGAGGUGGAGGAGGACGACACGCCCGAGGACGACGUCGAAGACGACCCCGUCGAGCUGCUCGCCGACGAGCGGGAGCGAGAACGCGUCCGACCGCGCCGCGUGCUGGACCGCCUCAAGCUCGCAACAGCAGACAAGGAAUACGACGGGGCGGUCGGCGCGCUGCUCGACGGCCUCGAGGGCAAGCUCGCGGCUGAGAAGGCGCGGUUCCGGCGCGCACGCGCGGCGCAAGUGCUCGCCCGGAGGGCAGAGUACGAGGCGGCGCUGGGCGCAGUGCUCGCGGCCGAGCAGGCACAGUACAGCUCCGCGCUACGCAACAUCGACGCGGCGCUAGGCGACACGCCUGAGCCUGAUGCGAGCCUGAAGCUCCGCCGCGUCGUCGAGGGAGGGCUGCACCUCGUUGCCGUGCGGCACGAGUGCGCCGCCGCCAGGGUGCAGUACCAGGCGCUGCUGGAGCUCGACUUUGCGCUCGCUGCCGAGGCGCAUGUGCGCGCCGUUGGCCGGCUCAAGAAGGAGUAUGACGACCAUGUGCGCGCCCUUGGGCGCGGGUACGCGCGCGCCACGGCCGGCUUGAGCGUGCGGAGGGGCAGCGUGGGGGAGGGCGGGGUGCGGCGGUCCAGCUGGGGAUAG